AUGUAUGUACACACAAGUAAGGGUACAUACAUAACUUACAUCAUGCAUACACGCGUAAGGACUUUGUAUUUUAAAAUGUUUGUUAUUAUGAUUCGAAUUCCUGAGGAUGAUUUCUCCGAGGACAAUAAGGCAUCUUCCCAAUUAGAAAUGAAUCAUCAAAAAGACACGUCUGGAAAAUCGCAUUACCAUAUUCCAAUAUCUCCGGAAUAUUGUCCAGAAACGGUUAAGAAUAUGUGCUUUCAAAAAGAUGCAAUUCCUAAUAAUACAUCAUAUGCGUCCCAUAUUGUAAAGUCUAGUUCGCCAGCUUCAAGCGCAGAAGAAUCGGCUUUUAAUCCAGAGUUUAGAAAUCAAAUACAAGUAACUCAAGGUCAACACAAUUAUACAAUGACCCCCAGCGGUGAUAUUAACUUUUACAGUUUUCACGAUUUGAUUUCUGAUCCCGAAAAAACAAUUUUGUCAGAUGCUGAAAAGUUGCUCAGAUCGAAAGAGAGUGAUAUGUACAGCAAUGAAUAUAAUCACAUACAUGAUGUAUUUGCCAUUCGCAAAUAUUAUCAUCCUCUUUUUGCUCAUGGGAUAUGUCGCUGGCCUGGUUGUGAAAUGGAUUUAGAAGAUAUUGCCUCGUUUGUGAAGCAUCUUAAUUCGGAGCAUGCAUUAGAUGACCGAUCGACAGCCCAAGCUCGGGUACAAAUGCAAGUUGUUUCUCAAUUGGAAUCACACCUGCAGAAAGAGCGAGAUCGCUUGCAAGCUAUGAUGCAUCACUUGUACUUAUCAAAGCAGCUAUUAUCACCAUCGAAAGCGGAUCGGAAGGAUGCUCCUGGAAAUGAUAUGAAUUUCUGCAGUGCAACAACUCCAAUCCUAAUAAAUAAUGUAUCUCGAUCUCUAUAUCGGUCACAUUCUCCAAGCUCUGUAAAUCUUCCAAUUGUUAACUCUGGUAGUUUGUCGUCGAUGAAAAAAAGGAACCAUGACAAAAAUACUUUUUCAGUAACUGGCGGUCUUCCGUACAUGCUAGAAAGAGCAGGACUUGAUGUACAGCAUGAAAUACAACGCAAUAGAGAGUUCUACAAAAACGCAGACGUUCGUCCGCCAUUUACAUAUGCUUCUCUAAUAAGACAAGCUAUCAUUGACUCACCAGAUAAGCAGUUGACUCUGAACGAAAUAUAUAACUGGUUUCAGAGUACAUUUUGUUACUUCCGGAGAAAUGCAGCAACUUGGAAGUUUCUUAGAUCGGCGCUUUCACAAAUGUGGACUAGAACGGAUAGAUGGACUUGGCUUUUGAUGCAUAUCAAGAAUAUAUUUCCCUGAGGGGAUCUGAAAUACUUUGUUCUCCCAAUUAUAUACACUUUCACAACUACAUUACUACCCCUUGAUGGGCUAUGACGGGCUGAAUAAAUAGUUUUAGCUCCAUUUUAUGUAUUCAAAACUAAUUUUGCUGUAAAUAUGAUUUAUAGCACUAAGCAGACAAUACUAUAUUGUUUGCAUAGUGCUUAUAGUGAUACCAGUUCCACGAAGUGACAGUUGUCGGAUGUUAAUAUUACAAUGUCGUAUUUCUCUUUUACAGAAUAUUACUCCAAAUACUUUAUAGAACUCACCACUAGUUGCAAAUAUGUUCAGAGAAAUAUCCUUUUCGCAUGAAGUACAUUAAUGAAACAUUAGAGCACAUUUAAGUUUUCAGUUUAUUGUAUAAUACAUUGACCUAUAAAUAUAUACAUUU